AUGGACAAGCGAGCCAAAGCGACAGUGGACCUCAUGCCCGAGCUCAUCAAGCGUGUGGCCAUGCUCGUCAAGGCGUCCAAGGAUAUGCUCUCGCUCCUGCAGGCGCUCCCAGCCGAGUGGCUCACGAAGCCAUUGGCCGCGUUGCGCAAGCGCUGUGCACACCCCGCGCCUCGUGGUCCCGGUGGGCGAUGCCUUUGGCCGCGCCUUCAGCUGCCGUACGAGAUCACGGACCCCGAGCUGCGCGCCUGGAUGGCCACGGCCUUGUAG